AUGUCCGCCACCUCCCCCUCCUCCACCGCCUCCUCGUCGAGAACUCCCGCCAAUCCGACAACGAGAACUCCCCCCACACCCAGCGAAGUUUUCAACGACAUCCUAUCCUCUGCACAACCACCUCCAACAUACUCCCAGCAAACCUGGAACCCCUCAAACCCCUACUUCCCCCAUUAUCACAACCAAAGCAUGCCCACUGCUGCCACCACCCCUCCCGAACCCCUCAUCCCGCCGACUCCGGCCCUCUUCACAACGCCCCCUAUCCUCCAAGACACACUCCAAACCCCCUCCAGCAAGGACCAACUCUCCACCGCAGAGAUCUGCAUGAAACACCUUUCCAACCCAUCAGAUCCAUUUCCUAUCCUGAGCCGGCGCGAGCACAUUGCCUUUCUCGAGGGCGGGAUUCUCGGUGUUCAGAAUGGAAAGUUACAUCAGAUGAUGGUAGUGCUGGACGCGUCAAGGUCCUGGAUUAUUUACUGGUGUUUGCAGGGGCUGGCGAGUCUGGGGGUUGAUGUGGGGAAGUACAGGGAGCGGGUGAUUAGCAGUCUCCGGCCACUACAAAAUGAAUCUGGGGGGUUUGGUGGUGGGAAUGGACAAGUAUCGCAUGUUACAGCUACUUAUGCUGCAGUUUUAGCGCUAGCCAUCGUCGGGAGAAGUGACGACGAGGACGGGGAGGAGGAGGCUCUGGGAAUAGUAGACAGAAAGACAAUGUUCCGCUGGCUGCACGAAAUUAAGGAUUGGGAAUCGGGCGGUUUCAGAGUCUGCGUCGGUGGAGAAGAAGACGUUCGCGGUGUCUACUGCGCACUGGUAAUACUAGCCCUCCUCGGUCUUCCCCCUUCUGGAAACCUGGUCAAGGGAACAAAAGAAUAUCUCGGUCGCUGUCAAACAUAUGAAGGCGGUUUCGGCGCCACCCCGAAUGGGGACGAAGCGCACGGUGGUUAUGCGUUCUGCACACUUGCUGGAUUGUGUACUCUUGGUGAGCCGGCGGUGGUGCUGAAGAAGUAUUUGGACAUGGACCGCCUGGUCUCCUGGCUCAGCGCUAGGCAGCACGCUCCAGAAGGAGGGCUGAGUGGGCGGACGAACAAACUUGUUGAUGGAUGCUACGCUACCUGGGUCGGCGGGUGUUGGGCGUUGGUCGAAGCGGGUAUCAAUGGCCCACAGGAUGAAAACGAGGAAACAGUGGGAGAGAAGAGGGUUGUUGGAAGUCUCUGGAGCAGAGAGGGGUUGGCGCGAUAUAUUAUGAGUUGCUGUCAAAGCCCAAGGGGCGGUCUUCGUGACAAACCCGGGAAGUAAGCCUCCUCCCCUAUUCCCUCGUCUUAACCAGCAAUUAACACAAACCAGAGGCGCAGACUACUACCACUCAAACUACAUCCUCCUCGGCCUCGCCAGCACCCAGAACUACUUUUACUACACCCCCUCCCCCAUACCCCUCUCCUCUCCACCCCCUUCCUCGAACCACGAAUCCGCAGAUCCCCCGCUCCCACUUACAGCCCCAUUUCUAUGGCGCUACUCCCCGCGAAUACCCAGCAAUGCCCCGAACGUGGCGGAAGCAAUCGUCGAGGAUAUGCCGGCGUGGCCAGAUGAUAUUACUGAGGAGGACUUGCUGUCCGGACAGGAAGUCGAGAGCGAUAGGUUGAAGGUGCAUCAUCCAAUUUUCAAUAUUCCGUUUGAACGGGUGGCGGAGAUAGAGGCAUGGUGGAAGGGGAAGGUGGGGUUUUAACGUUUUCGCCAAGAAACGGGAGGGAUUCUGCGUCUCUUUCUAGCUCUCAAUUCUGCCUCAGCCCGCAGAGCGUGUAAUUAACUCAAGUUUUUAUUUUUCUCUUGCGUG